UAAUGUCUAUAGUCUCGACACUCGAAGACAUCCACUUUUCCUAAAAUUACAAAUCCUAAUCAUUCAAAAAUUCAAAAUUCACACGAAAACCCUAAUUAAUUCCACACCCAACCCAGCGACAUCCCUCAACAACCGUCGCCACCAUGUUCAACGGUGGCGCCACCCACAACCCCCAAUUGCCGGAAAUUGAAACCGACCCGUUUUUGAAAAAUUACAGCGCUAGCGAUCUACAAACAGCUUCUGAGUUUUUAUUAAAUUGGUUGCCUUUUCUAUUUAAAGACGACGUUUGUCAUGAAUGUUCACUUUCUAUAUCCAAUCGUGUUCGAUCUCUUGUUCCACUAGGGUAUAAUGCUGAACAAUCACACCAAGAUACCGAAGAGCAAGUUUCAACACCAAGCCAUAGGGAUUCAAAAUAUGAAACAGAUAUUAAUGACACCGAGGAUACAAAUUCCUUGGGUAGCUGGAAAGAUGGUGUGAAUGGGGCAUCAGAGCAAAUUAUAGAAGCUUGCAGAACUGAAAUGCUUCAAUCACCGGAACAUGUUAAUGGCUCUACGCCAAGAAAGUCAUGGGCUGACAUGGCACAGGAGGAAUUGGAGGCAGAUGAAGAGGAGGAAGCCAAAUUUCAGUUUGGUAGUUUCAGUAGCCAAGUUGAAGAGAUGGGUGAAGUGAAGGUUAUACAGAAAUCCAAGUUGUCGAUGCAACAAAGAGAACGCAUUCGCUUUGGAAAUGUAAUUAGGAAGAAAGAUUUUGCUUGCUAUGAGAGAAUUAAUGGCAGAUUGGUGAAUAUUGUUGAUGGACUUGAGCUCCAUUCUAAUGUAUUUAGUUUAAAAGAGCAAAGAAGGAUUGUUGAUUUUAUUUUUGAGCUUCAGGAGAAGGGAAAGAAUGGAAAAUUAAAAGCACGUACCUAUACUGCUCCUCAGAAGUGGAUGAGGGGAAAAGGGCGGGUGACAAUCCAAUUUGGAUGCUGUUACAACUAUGCGACGGAUAGAAAUGGUAACCCGCCAGGGAUACUUCAUAACACGCUAGUAGAUCCCAUACCUCCUCUUUUUAAAGUUAUCAUCAAAAGAUUGGUCAAAUGGCAUAUACUUCCUCCUACUUGUGUACCUGACAGUUGUAUAGUCAACAUUUAUGAUGAAGGGGAUUGCAUUCCGCCUCAUAUUGACAAUCAUGACUUUCUUCGCCCAUUUUGCACUGUUUCCUUUCUUAGUGAGUGCAAUAUUCUAUUUGGAACAAAUUUGAAAAUUGAGGGUCCUGGGGAGUUUUCUGGUUCCUUCCCAAUUCCGUUACCAAUGGGGUCCGUUCUUGUUUUAAACGGGAAUGGUGCUGAUGUGGCCAAACACUGUGUGCCGGCAGUUCCUACUAAAAGGAUUUCAAUUACAUUCCGGAAAAUGGAUGAAUCAAAAUGGCCAAUAGGGUUCGUUCCAGAACCAGAUUUGCAAGGACUAGAGCCACUCCCGUACGGAUCAGACAAACUGAAAGACAAUUCAAAUCUCUCCAAACCAAGCCAUCCUUCAGAUAGGCAAACGGUUGGAGGAAAUGUGGCAAAUAUCUCCAAACCUAGCCAACAGUUGUAUGGAAAAGCGGUUAGAAGAGAUGAUACAAUGGACAACUCAAAAGGAUUGCUAGGUCCACAACCUCGGUUUUAUGGUCAAAGUCAAAUAAGAAGACAACAAGGUCCUAGUCCUGGCUUUCAAAGGAAAGCUAGGUUAGAGUAUUGAUAUUGUUACACUUCAUAAUUUUGAAGACAAAUGUUUCUUGGUAAUUAGCUUCAAAGAGAAUGUCAUUAGUAUGCAUAUAUUGCUUCUACAACUGCACCUGUUGUUGUUUGCAAGUUCUAUCUGAUUGAAAAUAAGUAGGAAAAAGAAAUUAAGUAAAAAGUUCUGUUAAUCCCAUUUAUGGUCUAUCUGAAUGGUGAGUUUGAGAUUUUCUUUUCUUUCUAAUAUCAUUUUUUCUGUACAUGUUAUCCAGACGAAGUCAUAAUUUUGUUGUCUACUUUGUA